UACCAUCGAUUGUUUGCCGACUCUAGCGGACACACGUGCAAAUCAAAAUAAAUUUAGCACAAUAAUUUUUCAACUGCGCCCAUUAUGGUGCGUGUUAAUAACAAUCAGCUCCCGGAGAAUCUUCCCCAGUUGCAGAACCUGAUUAAACGUGACCCCGAAUCGUAUAGCGAUGAGUUUCACAUCCAGUACCAGCACUUCCUCAGUUUGCUUGGCGUGUUCGCCCUCAAUCCCAGCGAGGAGAACAAAUCGCUGGAUGACAUUGUGAUGUUCAUUGCCCAGGUGGCACAGUGUUAUCCAGAGGUGUGCAAAGAGUUUCCUGUGCACUUGGCCGACCAGCUGAGGAACUACGCCACUGUUCUGGAUCCUGCCAUGCGAAAUUGCUUUGUCAAAGCCCUGAUCCUGCUGCGUAAUAAGAAUUUAGUACCAGCGUUGGACAUUUUGGAGCUGUUUUUCCAGCUACUGCGUUGCCAGGACAAGAAUCUACGUACCUUCUUACAAACACAUAUAGUCACGGACAUUAAAAAUAUGAAUGCCAAGCACAAAGACAUGAAGCUGAAUUCGAGUCUUCAAAACUUUAUGUACUCAAUGCUCAAAGAUGCCAAUCCCAAGGCUGCUAAGAUGUCUGCCGACAUUAUGAUAGAGCUGUACAAGAAAAACAUUUGGAAUGACCCGAAGACUGUGAAUGUCAUUGCAACAGUGGGCUGCUUUUCCAAGGUAACCAAAGUGUUGGUCACAUCGCUAAAAUUCUUCCUAGGUCACGACGAAGAGGAUGAAGAAGGCUCCGGUUCCGAUAGUGAAAAAGAAAUUGAUCUAAAGGGUGCGAUUAUGGCCAAUCGUGUGACCAAGAAAACCAAGAAAAGACAAAAACAACUGCAACAGAUCAAAAAGCAGGCCGUAAAGGCGCAGAAAAAAAAGAAGAAUGCUCCAGCCUUCAAUUUUUCGGGCAUCCAUCUGAUCCACAAUCCUCAAGGCAUGGCUGAGGGUCUGUUCAAGCAGCUGCAGGGCUCCAACGAGCGUUUCGAGGUCAAGCUUAUGCAUUUGGAUGUCAUCUCACGUUUAAUUGGUAUCCACGAACUGUUUCUCUUCGGCUAUUAUCCCUAUAUAACCCGAUUUCUUCAGCCUCACCAGAGGCAAGUUACUCGAGUAAUGCAAUUUGCCGCACAGGCCUCACAUGAACUUGUUCCUGGGGACAUUGUCGAGCCGAUUCUAAAGACAAUUGCCAACAAUUUCAUUACUGAGCGAAACUCCAGUGACGUCAUGGCAAUCGGACUUAAUGCUACAAGGGAGAUUUGCAUGCGUUGUCCAUUGGCAAUGGGCCAGGAUCUGCUUCAAGAUCUGGCCAUGUAUAAAACAUACAAAGAAAAGUCGGUGAUGAUGGCCGCUCGAUCUCUGAUUUCGCUUUACCGAGAACAGUUGCCUGCAUUGCUGCACAAAAAGGAUCGCGGACGACAGACAGAAGCACAAGCUGAGCGGAAGGUUCGAGCAUACGGAGAGCGAGAAGUUCAUGACACUGUAUUGGGGGCAGAGGCAUUGCUGAAGAACUCCAAGACCAUAGAUAUCGACAGUGAUGAGGAUACCGACUCCAAUGAUGGCGAAUGGGUUAAGGUGGAUCAUAGCGACAAUGAAGGAGUGGCAAAUCAAGAUGAGGAUGACGAUGAUGAAAGUGAGGAUGACGAUGACGAUGACGGCGACGAAGAAGAUGGCGAGGAUGGUGAAGAAGAAAAUGAUGAUGAGGAAUCAGACUCUGACGGAGCUGCUGAGAGCGAUCCAGAAUCAUCCACUUCAAAAGAAAAGAAGAACAAAUCUUUAGAAGUCAAAAUGCUAAACCAAAAGGAGGCGGCUCAAGAGUUAGCAUUGACCCGCAUCUUCACCGACGAGGACUUUAAGCGCAUCAAUGCCGCAAAUCUGAAAAAGACGGUUACCAAUGCCCGUAAGCGUCCGCUGGAACAGGAUCGCAGUGAAUUUGUCAAACUUAACAACAUUGAAAUGAUAUACAAAAAGCGUAAACACGAUAAGGACUCGCGACUCGAAACGGUGCAGGCUGGACGGCAGGAUCGUGAACGUUUUGGCUGGAAAGAUGGUCGAGUCAACGAACACUGCUCCAAGACCAAUAAAGAGAAGCGGAAGACGAAAAACUUUGGCAUGUUAAGGCACAAGGCACGCUCCAAGGUAAAGAAAAGCUUCCGCGAUAAACAAAUGGCUCUAAGGAAACAUCUGCUCCACCAGAAAAAGAUGAAGUAAAAGCAGCAGCCAUAGAGUAAUCAUAUAUAACAUAUAUAAUACACCAAUAUCUUUUUUAAAAUAAAUUAAAUUAGGAAUUGUAAAAAAUUAA